UACAUAAACGCCCUCCGCCACCACUGCCUCUGUUACCACUCUGCCAACUCCACACAAAACAAGGCCUCGCUCUCGCACUUUCUCUUUGAGACGUUAAAAACAAAAGACACAGCACAAUGGCUACCGCCACCACUUCCACCACUCUUUCCCUCCUCAAAACCACGGCCUCCUCCACCACCUCCUCCGCCACGCGCACUUCAGCAUUCCUCAUUCGCGUUUCCUCCACGCGUCACCACCACAAAUCUGUCCCUCUCUGCCAGAGCCUAGGCUUCUCCGCCGCUGCUUCUGGGGACUCAUUGCUUUCCCUCCAUGUCUCCUCCAAAGUUCGAUCUUUCAAGGGAAAAGGGUCAAGAGGGGUUGUUUCAAUGGCGAAGAAGAGUGUUGGGGACUUGAGCGGAGCUGAUUUGAAAGGGAAGAAAGUGUUCGUGAGGGCUGACUUCAAUGUUCCUUUGGAUGAUAACCAGAACAUUACAGAUGACACCAGGGUUCGCGCUGCUAUUCCUACCAUCAAGCAUUUGAUUCAGAAUGGAGCUAAAGUCAUUCUCUCCAGCCACUUGGGGCGACCAAAGGGUGUUACUCCAAAAUUCAGCUUGGCUCCUCUUGUAUCCCGUCUCUCUGAACUACUUGGCAUUCAGGUUGUUAAGGCUGAUGACUGCAUUGGUCCAGAAGUAGAAAAGCUAGUUGCUUCACUUCCUGAAGGUGGUGUUCUUCUUCUUGAGAAUGUUAGAUUUUACAAGGAAGAGGAAAAGAAUGAACCUGAAUUUGCAAAGAAACUUGCCUCCUUAGCUGAUCUCUAUGUUAAUGAUGCAUUUGGGACAGCACACCGAGCCCAUGCAUCAACUGAGGGUGUUACAAAAUUCUUGAAGCCAUCAGUUGCUGGUUUCCUAUUACAGAAGGAACUGGACUACCUUGUCGGUGCAGUUUCAAGCCCAAAGAGGCCAUUUGCUGCCAUUGUGGGUGGUUCAAAGGUCUCUUCCAAGAUUGGUGUCAUCGAAUCACUCCUCGAGAAAUGUGACAUUCUCCUUCUUGGUGGGGGUAUGAUUUUCACAUUUUACAAGGCACAAGGUCUAUCUGUGGGUUCAUCCCUGGUAGAGGAGGAUAAGCUUGACCUCGCAACAUUACUCCUUGCAAAGGCCAAGGCAAAAGGAGUGUCUCUUUUGUUACCCACUGAUGUGGUUAUUGCAGACAAGUUCGCCCCUGAUGCAAACAGCCAGGUUGUGCCAGCAUCUGCCAUCCCUGAUGGCUGGAUGGGAUUGGAUAUUGGACCAGACUCUAUUAAGACAUUCAAUGAAGCAUUGGAUACUACCCAAACCAUCAUCUGGAAUGGACCGAUGGGAGUGUUUGAAUUUGACAAGUUUGCUACUGGGACGGAGGCUAUUGCAAAGAAGCUAGCAGACCUCAGUGGCAAGGGAGUGACAACAAUCAUUGGAGGUGGAGACUCUGUUGCUGCUGUGGAAAAAGUCGGUGUUGCUAGUGUGAUGAGCCACAUAUCAACUGGUGGUGGUGCCAGUUUAGAAUUGUUGGAAGGGAAAGAGCUUCCAGGUGUUGUUGCUCUGGAUGAGGCUACCCCAGUUACUGUUGCCAAACUGUGACGUGAACAGGUCCGCAACAUGAAGAAUGGGAUGAUUGCCUUGUUUGUUGUUACUUGUCUUAGUUUGACUUGUUAUAAAAUAACCAAAAUUUUUAAUCAAGGAGUGUAUGAGUAGGUGUUGUAAGCAUGAAAAUAUUACUGAAUACAAAUAUAUUUAUUUUCAUCAACUGAAUGUAUAGGCGGAGAAAGUAUUCCAUUA